AUGAAGAAGUUUCAGUGUUUGAAUGGAGUGAUAAUAAACCUGGGGACCCAAACACUUCUGAAUAAGAUCUACACAGAGCUCUACAUCACAGAGGGAGACAGUGGACAAGUCAAUAAUGAACAUGAGGUGAGACAGAUGGAGGCAGCAUCCAGGAGAAAAACAACAGAGGAAACACCAAUCAAAUGCAAUGACAUCUUUAAGCCUUUAUCUGAACAAGACAAACCCAUCAGAACUGUGCUGACAAAUACAUCAUCUAAACAAGACAAACCCAUCAGAACUGUGCUGACAGAUACAUCAUCUGAACAAGACAAACCCAUCAGAACUGUGCUGACAAAGGGAGUCGCUGGCAUCGGAAAAACCGUCUCUGUGCAGAAGUUCAUUCUGGACUGGGCUGAAGGGAAAGUAAAUCAGGACGUCCACCUCAUAUUUCCACUUCCUUUCAGAGAGCUGAACUUGAUGAAGGACCAGAAACUGAGCCUGAUGGAGCUUCUUCAUGUGUUUUUUAAGGAAACAAAAGAAACAGAAAUGUCCAGUUUGGAAAAGGUUCUGUUCAUUUUUGACGGAUUGGACGAGUGUCGUUUUCCUCUAGAUUUCCAGAACACAGUGAGAGUGUGUGAUGUAACUGAAUCAGCAUCAGUGUCUGUGCUGCUGAUAAACCUGAUCAAAGGGAAUCUGCUUCCCUCUGCUCUCAUCUGGAUCACCUCCAGACCUGCAGCAGCUGAUCAAAUCCCCUCUGAGUGUGUGGAUCGAGUCACAGAGGUACGAGGGUUCAAUGACCCACAGAAGGAGGAGUACUUCAGGAAGAGGAUCAGUGAUCAGAGCCUGGCCAAUAACAUCAUCACACACCUGAAGUCAUUAAGAAGCCUCUACAUCAUGUGUCACAUCCCAGUCUUCUGCUGGAUUUCAGCCACUGUUCUAGAGAGAAUGUUGGGUGAAGCAGAGAGUGGAGAGAUCCCCAAGACUCUGACUCAAAUGUACACAAACUUCCUCAACAAUCAGACAAACAUCAUAAGAGAAAAAUACUCAAAGAAGCAGGAGAGUGAUGAAGAAAUGCUUCUUAAACUGGGACAACUGGCUUUUCAGCAGCUGGAGAAAGGGAACCUGAUCUUCUAUGAUGAAGACCUGAGAGAGUGUGGUAUUGAUGUGACAGAAGCAGCAGUGUACUCAGGUGUGUGUACUCAGAUCUUCAGAGAGGAGUUUGGGCUUCACCACAGUAAAGUGUACUGCUUUGUUCAUCUGAGCAUUCAGGAGCAUCUCGCAGCUCUGUAUGUGCACCUGACCUUCAUGAAGGAGAAGAGAAAUGUUCUGAUACAGAAUCAGGUUUUUAACAGGAGGAUGGAAGAAAAUACAAUCUCAGAUGUACACAACAGUGCUGUAGCUCAGACUUUACAAAGUCAGACUGGACAUCUGGAUCUUUUCCUUCGCUUUCUUCUGGGUCUCUCACUGGAGUCCAAUCAGAAACUCUUACAUGUUUUAGUAACACAGACAGGAAGUAACCCUCAGAGCACACAGGAAACAGUUCAGUACAUUAAGGAGCAGAUCAGUGAAGAUCCUCCUACAGAGAAAUCCAUCAAUAUGUUCCACUGUCUGAAUGAACUGGGUGAUGAUUCUCUAGUGGAGGAAAUCCAACACUUCCUGAAAUCUGGAAAACAAAGUGAACUUUCUUCUUCCCAGCUUUCUGCUCUGGUGUUUGUGUUACUGACAUCAGCACAGGAGCUGGAUGAGUUUGACCAGAGUAAAUAUUUCAGUACAGAUAAGAUAACAGAAGAUGUUGUUCUGAAGAUGAUGCCGGUGAUUACAGCAUCCAGUAAAGCAAUUAUCAGCUGUGAUUCACUUGGAGUGGAAAGUUGGUCACCUCUGUUCUCAGCUCUCAGAUCAGAAACCUCCAAUCUGAGAGAACUUCAUCUGACUGUGAAAACACUGAGUCUGUAUGGGAAUAAACUAGAAGACUCAGAAGUGAAGAUUCUCUGUGCUGGACUGGAGAAUCCUCACUGUAAAGUGGAGACACUGUGGUUGUAUGAGUGUGGUGUCUCAGAUGAAGGCUGUGCUGCUCUGACUUCAGCUCUGAGAUCAAACCCCUCACACCUGAGAGAACUGGAUCUGUCUGAUAAUAAACUAGGAGACUCAGGAGUGAAGAUUCUCUCUGCUGUACUGGAGAAUCCUCACUGUAAACUGGAGACACUGGGGUAAGAUCAUCUCUCUGAGCAUCACAUGACCUUCUCCUCAGUAAGACACAUUCUCUAAUAGUGAGACUGAAGCAGAAGUUUUAGGUUCAUCAUCAAUGUCCUGAGGAGGAAGAUUGUUUCUUUUCACUGCACACUGAUGAUUUCUCACAGACUCUGAUGUAACUGCAAUGUGUCUGAAAUUACUGUGAAAUUUACUAAAACAUUGGAACUAAUGACAGAAACUGGAG